UUGGUUGGCUCUUAGUCCCCGCCCCCGGAAGACCUGCUUUUUGCAGCCAAUCGGCGGGCGCGGUGGCGGUGAAGCCUGGGAGCGAGUUAAGAGAAAAUGAGGCAGAAGGAAGUGUUAGCCAAGAGCUUCCAAGGCCCAGCUGCUGUCUGUAGGACUCCAAACAGCCACGUUUACAUGUUCAACAAUGGCAGCGGGGACUCUGGGGACUCCUCUGAGGAAGAGUCACAUCAGGUGGUGUUACGACCCCGGGGCAAGGAACGCCAGAAGAACAGCAGCCAACGGCCAGGAACAGGCACCAUGGUUCUGCUGCAGCGGGAGCUGGCCCAGGAAGACAGCCUCAACAAGCUGGCUCUCCAGUAUGGCUGCAAACACUCAGAGUGAUUAACAGUGGCAAAGUUGCAGAUAUCAAGAAAGCAAACAACUUCAUCAGAGAGCAAGACCUGUAUGCUUUGAAGUCAAUCAAGAUUCCAGUGAGAAAUCAUGGGAUCCUCACGGAGACCAGCCAAGAACUAAUGCCCCUUAGGGCUUCAUCCUCCGAGACCAGGGUGACCCUGGUAGACCUGCCUGAAGAUGAAGAUGCUGGUGGAGCAACCACUCAGGGCAACCAGCUGACGGACUUCUUCAAGGGCAUUGAUGAGAACAUUGAGCGGGCUGUGCAUUCUGACGUCUUCCACGGUGACAGCUGCUAUGUGGAGGCCCCAGAUCAGCCACUGCUCCCCAUAACCCAGAAGGCAGCAGCCGAUGGUGCCGACUGUGGGAUUCAGUGGUGGAAUGCCGUCUUCCUUAUGCUUCUCAUUGGGAUCGUGUUGCCAGUGUUCUAUCUCGUCUACUUCAAAAUACAGGCCACCGGGGAGGCCUCAAAUAGCUUGAACGCAACUGUUGUCCCCAAUGGCUCAAUGACACUGAGCCCAGUUCCAGGGCAAGCUCCCAGGUUGGCAAUCCCAGUGCCUACCCUCCCCGCUUCAGACAGCCAGGUCAGCCCUACCACCCAGGCAGGGGCCUAAGCGCAUUCUUUCCUAGAGUUGGCAGACUUUGGCAGUUGGCCCUUGACAUGUGUAACUGUCACCAGCUGUUUGCAUUUUGCUUCCUGAGAUGUGUGGACAUCAUGGCAAUCUGGAUGGUCUAGACUGAGCAAUAGCUUGGCCUAAUUCAAGGAUGCAGGAGCCCAGACAUCCACCAUCCCAGCAAGAGAGACAUUUAUAUGAAACUCACAGCUCUUGAAGACGUGUAGGGCCAGCUGUGAGUUCCUGUGUAGCACUCUGUGCAGGCUCCUAAGUAGAAUGCGACAAAGGUUCUGCACUACUGCUGCCCCCGGUGUUGAAUAGGGUCAAUGGUGGGCUCAGAGACAUGCUCUGUGUCUAGAUCAAGGUGCUAUAUAGUAUGUCACUGAGUUUGUCAGUUGACAGCCUGACAUGUUUGCCUCUUCACUUGGCUCCGCUGAGGCAGAGCUGCUUCAGAAGUGAGAACCUGAAAUCCCAACCGCCAUCCUCUAAUUUAAGCUCUACCCCUGGAGUCACCCUAAGAGCAUCUCUGUGGUGGCGGCUCCCUGGGUUCCCCAGGUGGCAUCUGGGAAGCAGCUGGUAUUGGCGAGUGGUUUGAAGGGACUACAUCCACCAUUAAGGUUCUGUCUCAUGGACCUUUGAAGCAAACUGGUUGCCAGCCCAGCAUUGUUAAGAACAGUGGGUCCCACCCCACCCUGAUCAUGUGCGCCCGAAGCAGAGUUCUCCCACUGCCUCCUUGACUCAUCUAUUCUUUAGGUCCUUAGAGUAAACUUGCACAUGCUGUGUCUCAGUGUGAAAACCAGACACAAUGUCAGUCAGCUGUCUUUUACUGUAACGAAAUCAUCUCCAGUGGGAAAGGUUUAUCUUGGCUCAUGGUUUCAAUCCAUGGCCUGAUUUGGGGCUGGGUGGCUGGGGGCUAUGGUAAGAACACCAUGAAGGAGAGUAUGGUAGAGCGGAUUGUUCAUGUGACAGGGAAGAGAGAAGGGGAGGAGCUUGGGCGCGGGCAUCACCUUCAGAGUUCUGCCUGCAGUGACCUGACUUCCUCCCACUGGGUCCCAUUUCUUAAAGGAUCCAUUCCUUCCCAACACAAGCCUUUAAGAUACUAGCCAUUGGGGGACAUAUCCAAACCCCACCAAGGUAACUCUGGCUCCGAAAGGCCGGAGAGAGAGAUGUAGGAGGGUGCAAAAUGCUCAGGGUUUCCUCAGCCACUCCCUGAGAGCAGUUGGCCAUCAGUCCUGUAAGGGAUGUGGGGAAGGGCUAAGUCAGUCUGCCUUGUCACAGCAGGGGCAGGCAAAGGUGGCUGGGAGCUCAGCCUGGGGAGGACAGGCUAGCAGGCUUCUGGGAUGGUUAGCAACUUGACACUUAGGCCUAGAAAUCUGACCAGAGGAGCAGGACCUUACUUGAGCUGGGCCUCCUGUCUGAAAAACAACCCACCCAGGGUGCAAAUAGCAAAUUUAAAUCAUCUUCAGAAUUGAGUAUUUUGAGGCAGAAAAUGAACCCAUGAAUCGUGGUACAAUAAACAUCUUGAUUAUGUAAGUGAUUUCUAUCUGGAUGCUCAAAGACCAUUGUGGCUGUGAAGUUUCUCUUAAAUGUCAUCAUUAACUUCAUCAGGCAGGGCUCAGAGUCCCGUAGGGAAAUGAUUCUUUUGGCAGACAGAGAAUGUCUAUUUUUUUCUGUAUUCUGUCUCAAGUGUUGGGGACUUAUUACCACCUGUUAUAUAGCCCUGCGUGGGUUCCUAAGUAGAAGGUGACAAGGGAUCUGCAGUGUCAGGGCUCCUGAGGUUGGAUGGGGUCAAAUGACUAUCACAGUGUUCCUGCCUGCUGAGGGCAGGGGUGGGCUUGGCUCAGAGAUGUGUGUUCUGUGUCUAGGCAGACCAUGGUGCUAUGCAAUAGUAUCAGUAUGUCACUGAGUUUUAGACAUGUUACAGUUUUAACUUGUAUUUCUGUAUUUUUCUCAAGUGGAAUAAAACAAUUUCUUCUGUGAAGGAAACAUGAUUCUCCCUCCUUUCAUACUAUGUGGAUAUUGGUUAACAGAGUGAAAGCUGAGGGAGGGACAGCAUUGGAGUAGCUGACAGGAGCC